AGCACCACCACCAUGUCUGGCCGCGGCAAGGGCGGGAAGGGCCUGGGCAAGGGCGGCGCCAAGCGCCACCGCAAGGUGCUGCGCGACAACAUCCAGGGCAUCACCAAGCCCGCCAUCCGGCGGCUGGCCCGGCGCGGCGGCGUCAAGCGCAUCUCCGGCCUCAUCUACGAGGAGACCCGCGGGGUGCUCAAGGUGUUCCUGGAGAACGUGAUCCGGGACGCCGUCACCUACACGGAGCACGCCAAGCGCAAGACGGUCACGGCCAUGGACGUGGUCUACGCGCUCAAGCGCCAGGGCCGCACCCUCUACGGCUUCGGGGGCUGAGUGCAGCGGACCCCGCGUACAUCCAAACACAAAGGCCCUUUUCAGGGCCGCCCACAAAAUCGUUUAAAGGGCUGUGGUGCUUGGUAGAAGGAAAGUUGGGGUAGUGUGAGAUGAUGGUAGGGAUCGUAGAACCCCGGAAGAGUCGGUUCAGAACCGUUUCUGCAGUGAUGUAGUCUAGAUGAGGGAACCUCUGUACCUGAAUGUAUGGAUUUUUCUGUUUUUUUUUAAAACGGUAGAGUGGUGGCAAUGAAAUCCUGACAGAAAUGCGUAUUCUGAACGCCACCGAGAGCAUCCCGACGAGGGUUCUUCGGGGGAAGCACGGCGCCGGAAGCGCCCACGACACUACGCUCUCGGGCCCCACCAGCGCGGCUAUGCAAAUGGCGGUCCUUCGGGGACAAGCUCUGAUUGGAUGAUACUCGGUGUGGUCCCGGAAAAAAUUGCGGAGGGCGGGGUUUCAGCACCAUUUUCCUGUUGGCCAGGAGGUUUGAUAGCUGUCCCCGGAACUGGCGGAAGAACCUUGGUGGGUUAACUUUGUUUUUAACCCGAUGUCUGCCAGGCGCUAAAGAGGCACGAGGAACAAAGGCGCACGGGAUCGCGGGGCCAGUUCUAGACGGAUUGGAGCAGUGCCGGGGACUUGCCUGCUGCCGGGCGGGGGUCUGGGGUCGGUCCACUGCUGGGCGCGGCAGUCGGACGAGGGGCUCACGGCCUUCCCCGCAAGUUCCAACCUGAAAGGGAAGCUGGCCGCCAUGUCCAAGCAAGACACGGGCUGUGGCUGACUAUACAACUUUAAACUUUUAUGUUUAUUCGUUUUCCAUUAUAUAAAAAAAUUGUCAGAGGCCCAGUUACAUAAGUGAGUUUAGAAAGGCUAGGCCCUAGUGAGUUAUCUGUAAUACAAGCUUGUACAUGAAAGAAUGCGUUACAUAGAUUUGCAUUGGGCUUUGUUCAAGGUUGCCCCAAAUACCAAGGCCCAAAAUAAGAUUAACUGUAUGAAUUUAAUAUUUAUGAUAAUCUUUAAGAAUGCUAAAAUCCCAAAUUAAGUGAAAGCUUUAAAACUAAUUUUGCUUAAAAUGAGAAAGAUGCCUUUACUCAGACCCUGAGAAUUUCCUAAGUCGUUUUUGUGAUGUAGUUCAGUUUGGAUCCUAAAAACUUUGUAGCCCCAAUAUCUCCAUGAAGGUUUAGUAUUUUUCAGCCCGUCGAUCACAAUCUGGACAAGCCUAUCCACUCUCUUCAUAAAA